CCUCCGUGAAAGGCAGCAGUGGCCACCAAGGUGGUGGAGAAAUGGCUUUCUGUGGCGUCCAGCCUCCCUACCUCAGCCCGAUGGUCCCCUUUUCUGGGACAAUCCUUGGAGGUCUCCAGGAGGGACUCCAGAUCACUAUCCAGGGGACCGUUCUUCACUCCUUUGAAAACAGGUUUGCUGUGAACUUGCAGACUGGCUUCAGCGACGAAAACAUUGCUCUCCACUUCAACCCUCGGUUUGAAGAGGGAGGGUAUGUGGUUUGCAACACGAAGCAGAAUGGACGCUGGGGGCCCGAGGAGAGAAAGAUGCAAAUGCCCUUCCAGAAGGGGAAGCCCUUUGAGCUCUGCUUCCAGGUGGAGAGCUCAGAGUUCAAGGUGAUGGUGAACAAGAACUUCUUUGUGCAGUAUGCACACCGCGUGCCCUUCCAUCGCGUGGACACCAUCUCUGUCACCGGCACUUUGCAGCUGUCCUACAUCAGCUUCCAGAGGUCUCCAGUCCAGCCGGCUUUUUCCACCAUGCACUUCUCCCAGCCUGCCUGUUUCCCAUCGAAAAACAGGGGGCGCAAACCAAAACCUCCAGGCUUUUGGCCUCCCAACCCGGCUCCCGUGACUCAAACUGUUAUCCACACGGUGCACAGCACCCCAGGACAGAUGUUCCCUAAUCCUGCAAUGCCACCUACGGUGUUCCCCAACCCAACCUAUCCGAUGCCUUUCUUCACCAGCAUCCCAGGGGGGCUGUACCCGUCCAAGUCCAUCAUGGUGUCAGGCACUGUCCUGCCAAGUGCUAAGAGGUUCCACAUUAACCUGCGCUCCGGGAGUGACGUCGCCUUCCACUUGAACCCCCGUUUUGAUGAGAAUGCUGUGGUCCGCAACACCCAGAUCAACAGCUCCUGGGGGUAUGAGGAGCGAAGCCUGCCCCGAAAAAUGCCCUUCACUCGAGGCAUGAGCUUCUCGGUAUGGAUCAUGUGUGAAGGUCACUGCCUCAGGGUGGCUGUGGACGGUCAACACCUGUUUGAAUACCUCCACCGCAUGAAGAACCUGCCCGCCAUCAAUAGCCUGGAAGUGGCGGGUGAUGUCCAGCUGACCCACGUGCAGACAUAGGUGGCCUCCCUGGCCUGAGGACAGGGCUGGGAUGUGGUGCUGAGUUUCCUCAUCAUCUCCACUCCCCUGUCUCAGCCCCAGCCUCCCGGAUGCUACCAUGCAAGCAGAGGGUGUUCAGAACUGGUGAAGCUKUGUUCACCCCCCUCAGCAGACACGGAGUCUCCGGAGCCUCCCAAGCACCCAGUSCAGGCCUGUGUUGAAUGUGGCACAUUCCUGUCCCAGGUCAACUCCAGUCCCCAGCCAGAGCUAUGCACUCCCUGCAGUGAGGGGACCUCCUCGGCCCCACCCCCCUUCUCUGACCCUUACUCUCUUUCCUUCUCACCUGGCACCCAGCUCAGCCCCCCACCCCUCCAGGAAACUACCCUGAUUCCAUGUCCCUGGACUUCCACCAACUCUCUUUCCCAGGGGAAAAUAAGGAAAAUGAAGGAAUAAAAAUGGU